CAGAGUGGCCCUGGCGCUGGACGCACGUGGGUCGUCCGUGCACCCCCGAGGGCGGCGAGGGGCCCGGGGGCUCUGGCAGGGACGGCCGAGCAAGGCGGGUCAGCGGGGCAGGGGUCGCCGUGACCCAGACCUGGCUCCGAAGUCCCUUCUCCUUCCACGUGACCUGGGCGGCGUCACCCCUCUCUCCGGCUUCGCCGUGGGCCUCUUUAAAGCAGCGAGGCCCCUCCCCGGCCUCUGUGAGGCCACGACUGACCGGGACAAGAAAGACUCCUCCCCCCAGGCCACAGCCAGCCUGGCGCCCACCUCCUCCCCAGCCUCCCCCGUGCCUCCCCCAUGUGGUCCUGCCUCGCCCUGCCUGUGCACACGGGUCUGUCCCCAGACUGUCCCCCUCCCUGAGGCUGCCCGGCCCAGAGCAGGGAGGGGCUGCACCCCCAGCGUGGAGCCGGCCUCUCCGUGGAUUUGUGACGGUCCCCACUGGACUAGCCGUGUGCCUGCUGGCCCUCAGGUGGUGUCGGGGAGAGGCCGUGCCCGCCCGAGGGCCUGCCCGGCACCCAGCCCCACGGCAGCCCCGAGGCCCACCCUCUCACCGCAUUAUCCCCCUCUGCUCCCGCCGCGAGGUUUGACCCAGAAGAAGGCGGCCCCGACAGAGGCCCUGUCGAUGACCGGACAGCCGGGCCCCGGCCAUGGGAAGAAGUUGGGUCAUCGAGGCGUGGACGCGUCCGGCGAAACCACCUACAAGAAGACCACCUCCUCCACCCUGAAGGGCGCCAUCCAGCUGGGCAUCGGCUACACCGUGGGCAACCUGAGCUCCAAGCCCGAGCGGGACGUGCUCAUGCAGGACUUCUACGUGGUGGAGAGCAUCUUCUUCCCCAGCGAAGGCAGCAACCUCACCCCCGCCCACCACUUCCAGGACUUCCGGUUCAAGACCUAUGCACCUGUCGCCUUCCGCUACUUCCGGGAACUGUUCGGGAUCCGGCCGGAUGAUUACCUGUACUCCCUGUGCAACGAGCCGCUGAUCGAGCUCUCCAACCCGGGCGCCAGCGGCUCCCUCUUCUACGUCACCAGCGACGACGAGUUCAUCAUCAAGACCGUGAUGCACAAGGAGGCCGAGUUCCUGCAGAAGCUGCUCCCCGGCUACUACAUGAACCUGAACCAGAACCCGCGGACGCUGCUGCCCAAGUUCUACGGGCUGUACUGCGUGCAGUCGGGCGGCAAGAACAUCCGCGUGGUGGUCAUGAACAACGUGCUGCCACGCGUCGUCAAGAUGCACCUCAAGUUCGACCUCAAGGGCUCCACCUACAAGCGGCGCGCCAGCAAGAAGGAGAAGGAGAAGAGCAUCCCCACGUACAAGGACCUGGACUUCAUGCAGGACAUGCCUGAGGGGCUCCUGCUCGAUGCCGACACCUUCAGCGCGCUGGUCAAGACGCUGCAGCGGGACUGCCUGGUGCUGGAGAGCUUCAAGAUCAUGGACUACAGCCUGCUGCUGGGCGUGCACAACCUCGACCUGCAGGAGCGCGAGCGCCAGGCCCAGGGCGCCCAGAGCACCUCGGACGAGAAGAGGCCGGUGGGCCAGAAGGCGCUGUACUCCACGGCCAUGGAGUCCAUCCAGGGCGGGGCCGCGCGCGGGGAGGCCAUCGAGUCGGAUGACACGAUGGGCGGGAUCCCCGCCGUGAACGGGCGCGGGGAGCGGCUGCUGCUGCACAUCGGCAUCAUCGACAUCCUGCAGUCCUACAGGUUCAUCAAGAAGCUGGAACACACCUGGAAGGCUCUCGUACACGACGGGGACACGGUCUCCGUCCACCGCCCCAGCUUCUACGCCGAGCGCUUUUUCAAGUUCAUGAGCAACACGGUCUUUCGGAAGAACUCCUCGCUGAAGUCGUCCCCGUCCAAGAAGGGGCGCGGCGCCCUGCUGGCUGUCAAGCCCCUCGGGCCCAUGGCCGCCUUCUCCGCCAGCCAGAUCCCCAGCGAGCGGGAGGACGCGCAGUACGACCUGCGGGGGGCCCGCAGCUACCCCACGCUGGAGGACGAAGGCCGGCCCGACCUCCUGCCCUGCACGCCGCCUUCUUUUGAAGAAGCCACAACGGCCUCCAUCGCCACGACCCUGUCGUCCACCUCCCUCUCCAUCCCAGAGCGCUCCCCAUCAGAGACGUCAGAGCAGCCCCGGUACAGGCGGCGCACGCAGUCGUCUGGACAAGAUAGCAGGCCCCAGGAGGAGCCACAUGUGGAAGAAGACCUGCAGCAGGUCACGGUGCAGGUGGAGCCCACGUGCAGUGUGGAGAUCGUGGUCCCCAAGGAGGACACGGGCCCACUGACGAGAGGAGCUGGGUGUACUCCCCGCUCCACUAUAGCGCGCAGGCCCAGCCGGCCUCCGACGGCGAGAGCGACACAUAAUUUCUAUGCAGUCCCCACCCGGAGCCCAGCGCCCGCCGCCUGGCCGCUCUCUGGCGGCGCUGCCCGCCCAGCUGCGGCCCAGAGCUGGGGACACCCCGCCGGACCUCGCUCACCCACCGGGCCCAGCUUGCCCUCCCUGACGGACGCCGCCGGCCGAGCCCCUCCGCCCCGACAGCUCCGGGCCACCGAGCCUCUCGGGCUCAGCACCCCGUCAGCUGCCUGCACCUGCGAGACUGGGACCUUCCCGAGCGUCAAAUCAUGUAUUUAUUUUGGGUCCUUACUCUUUGCACAGAGACAGAAGCACGUGUGUGCUUUUUUAGGAAAAAAACAAAAAAGACACAAAAACAAGCGGAAAAAGAAGAAACUCCAUCCCAUUGCACUUUUCGGUUCUCUGCUGUGCUUGCAUGUUUCUCUCGGGGGGACAAGGGCAUUCCUGCCACCUUCCGGGAUCCGGGACCCCAUGUCCCUGCCGCCCUGGACAACAUCACACUCCGAGCCUCAGCCUGUGACGUGCAGAGGGGACGGCAGGGUCCCCCGCUCCGCCUCUGUCCCUCAUGGACUGGGGUGCCUGAGCGCAGGUGCCCCCCACCCGGAAGCAGCCCUUCCCCCUGCAGCUCAGGUUCGGGGGCCUCGGCGCAGGACCUCUGCUCUCAGCGGUGGUCUCGAGGGCAGCUCGCGCCUGGCCGAGCCCCUCAGCAUCUGUGUGUCCUGCCACUCAGGCACCCCCAUUCGGGAAAGACCUCCAACCCCACCUCCCAGGGGCCCCACGAGCAAGAAUUUCCGGUGCCCACACUCCAGACGCACACUCGAGGGGCUGGGGACGUGUCCCCUACCCCAGCGUGGACCACGCAGCAUCCAGCAAAGACAUUCCAAGUGACGUGGGACGCCCCCUCAAAGCCGGAGACGGAGCAGGAGGCCGAGCCGGGCCACGGGGUGUCCAGAGAGAGCCCGUGUCCCGGAGACAGCUCGGGCUGGCGGGCACGCGGCCUUGUCGUGUGACGGCCACCCCCGCCUCCUCCGCCCCAGGCACAGCCUAGAGGGUUGACCCCUCUCCCCGGAGUGUUUCCUUCAUCAACUUUAAGUGAUGUCAUUCCUGUGGGGAUCAAAGGAGGAGAGGAGUCGUUGUUUGGGCACGGUAGGACCAUGGAGCCCAGAGCCCGAUGGGCUGCCCGAUGGGGGCCACCAGGGCCCCCGCUGCACCCAGAGGGCACUGGUUAGAGCAGUGACACCCGCCCCCUGCGGAUGCGCCCCCACCCUGCCCAUUACUCGGGACUCCAGAGACAGGCGUGUUGGUGACGGUUCCCCAGUGACACGGCCCAGCAUGGGAGGAGCUGGGGCGGGCUCGGAGCAGAAGUCGCACCUUCUGGGAGAAUCUUCCUCCAGCCCUUGCCUCCCCACUAGAGUGACAUGGGACCAGGACAGCCGGAACCUCCCUCGGGUAUUCCAUUGCUUUUGAACCUGUCACAAGCUCCUACGAUGCUGCUGCUGCUGCGGCCAGCUGCUCAGGUCCCUCCCCGCCCCCCCCCACAGCCGGCGCCCCUCUGAGCCUGGAGAAGCAGGCUGCACCCCCAGGGCCUUUCUCCCAGGCGGGGACAGACAUUCCCUCAAGCAGCUCCUCAAGUCUCAGCCCAGGAAAGGAAAGAGCUCUCAGCAGGGACCAGCCGCCGGGUGGCUCAGAGGACAGGUCCAAACAAGCCCGUCUGGGGUCCUCGCCCUGCCCAGGAUCAUCUGUCCAGCCCUGGGAAGGGGCCUUAGCCCUGAUGCCCAGCCCAGUGCCCACCCGCUGGUGCCCGGCCUCCUGAUCCGUCCCGCUGGCCCCUGGGACAGACGGGACAGAAGUCAGAAGGGGCGUCUGGGACCUGGAUGACCAACAGGGAUGGCACCAGAGACCCCGGGAGCCCUUGGGGAUGACCCAGAGCAACAGGCACCCCAUCCAGGGCGGCCCCCGGCGCCGCUGAGCGACUCCUGGGACACACGAGGCUCCAUCCUUCCUUCACCCGCAGGAAAAAUUUGCAAACUUCCGUGGACAUCACAACAUUUCUGUUUUUGUGUGAAGUCUCUGAGGCCCCGUUGGAGACCCAUUUUGUGUUGGCUGCAUUUUUAUUUUUGUUCCUUUCCAGAGAACUGCAAAGCGAUGCCGCCGUAUUCUACAGACCGUGCGAGGGGCGGCGGCCGUUUAUUAUUUCCGGGCCGGGGGCAGGAAGGCAAGACCUAUUUAUAACGUUUAGCGAACGUGUGGCCUUCCUCAGACCCCCGUGAGGAAGGCGCCUGGACCCACCCAGCCGUCCCCACCCCAGGAGUCUGUAAAUACCCAGCUGAGGCCCCGCCAUGUCCUGCCUCGUGUCUCCGAUGGCUGCUGUCGCUGAGAACACGACAGCGUCCUGUUUCCUGUACUGUAAACACAAACACGUUUUCUCUGAGACUGACAAGGUGGAAACUUCCAUGUGUCCCCCACUCCCUGACGGCCUCUGUCCCCCCGAAGCCAUCCCAACGUGUCCCCUGUCCUGCUCAGUGCAAUACUCCCGUCCCUGCACCUCGCCGAGGUACUGUCGCCGCAGCCCCUCCGUCUCUUUUUCUCUGGUGGCUCCAUCCCACCACCCGGUCCCCACCCCGAACCCCUUUUUAUGGCCGAACCGAUUCCGGAAACAAAAAUAAACUGCAAACCUUGUGUGUCUUAACUCCCACCGGGAUUCCACUCCAUUCCUCUGCCCCACCGGCUGGCGCGCGACAAUCUGGAGCACCGAGCCUCGUGGCACAGACGCGGGCGCCGUGUUCCUCAAACCCAGAACCGUGGGCACCUCUGAAACAACAGCCUCCGCUGGCCCCAAAUGACACUCGUAUGCAGCCCGGGCCCCUGCCCGCCCCCCAUACCUGCCACCCCCUCUUUUUAUGUGGAAGAGAUCUCUAAUAAAUCGGGUAUUGAGCAUUGGC